GAGAGAGAGAGAGAGAGAGGUGGAGGAGACGGAGGUCCACUCUAUCCGGGAUUUCUCCCUUUGUUUUGUGGAUGAACGCCGUGAUACCGCGAUGUGGACCUUUAUAGGACGAAUAAUAUUUUUUCACCUCCUCACCAUGCAGCCUUAUUUCGGAAAAGGGUCCGAGUCGGAGUGCGAGGACGGACAGUUUCAGUGCAAGAACAAGAGGUGCAUCCCGACUUUAUGGAGAUGCGACGACGACGACGACUGCUCCGACAACAGCGACGAGGAAGACUGUCUGAAGAGCACAUGUGACCCGGCGGAGUUUGCGUGUCAGAACGGUCAGUGCGUGUCCAGCCGCUGGCUCUGUGACGGAGAACCCGAGUGCUCGGACGGAUCGGAUGAGGCAGAGUCCACCUGCACCGUGAAACAGACAUGUCCUCCAGACAAGUUUGACUGCAGAGGGACCUGUGUGUCUCCAGCGUGGAGGUGUGAUGGAGAAAAAGACUGCGAAAGUGGAGCGGAUGAAGAGGACUGCGCUGCCGACGCUCGUUCCUGUGCUUCCGGAGAGUUCCAGUGUCGUAACCUGAAGUGCAUGUCUCCGGCGUACGUGUGCGACGGCGACGACGACUGUGGCGAUGGCACCGACGAGGAGCAGUGUUCCCCGCCGUCGUGCGGCCCGCUCCAGUUCCGCUGUAACAGCUCUGAGUGCAUCCCACAGCCCUGGACCUGCGAUAGAGACCCCGACUGCUUCGACGGAUCAGACGAGUGGGAGGGGCUGUGCGGCGACGGAGACGGGAGAACGCUACCGCCGACGAUUCUCCGGGUGUGGUGCAGUGCCGGAAUGUUCCGCUGUGGGAGUGGGGAGUGCAUCAAGCUAGCGUGGAGGUGUGAUAAAGAUCCGGACUGCAUGGACAAAUCGGACGAGUCCGACUGCCCUCUCCUGACGUGCAGGCCUGAUGAGUUCCAGUGUGGAGACGGCUCCUGCAUUCACGGAAUCAAGCAGUGCAAUAAAGCCUUCGACUGUCUCGACCGGAGUGAUGAGGCUGGCUGUGUUAAUGCCACAAAAUGUGAAGGACCUCUGAAGUUCCUCUGUAGAAAUGGAGAGUGUAUCGACGGAGCAAAGGUGUGUGAUGAUGUCAAGGACUGCAAGGAUCGAUCGGACGAGCCCAAGAGGGAGUGUGGUUUGAACGAAUGCAUGAUGAAUAACGGAGGCUGUUCUCAUAUCUGUGUGGAUCGACCCAUCGGUUACGAGUGUCAGUGUCCCGCUGGAUACAAACUCCUGGAUAAAAGGACAUGUGGAGACAUUGACGAGUGUGAGAACCCAGACGCCUGCAGUCAGAUCUGCAUCAACCUCAAAGGAGAUUUCAAGUGCGAGUGUCACCCAGGGUACGAGAUGGACCCCGUGAGCAGAAGCUGCAAGGCGGAGGGUAAAAGUCCCUAUCUGAUGUUCACUAACCGUCACGAGAUCCGGCGUAUUGACCUGGUGAAGCGGGAGUACACGCAGGUCGUCCCCACUCAGAAGAACGCUGUGGCCAUCGAUGUGGACGUCGCCUCCAACCGCAUGUACUGGUGCGACCGCUUCCACCGCAAGAUCUACAGUGCCUACAUCCACGAGGCGAGUGACCCGGCCCGUCACUCAACUCUGAUCGACUCGGACCUGCUUUCCCCAGAGGGUCUGGCUUUUGACUGGGUCCAACACAACCUCUACUGGACCGACUCGGGUUACGGCACCAUCUCAGUGGCUUCGUCUGGCGGCAGCAGGAGGCGUGUCCUGAUCCACACUGACCUGAGUGAACCCAGGGCCAUCGCUGUGGCUCCAGAACAAGGGUUCAUGUUCUGGUCCGAUUGGGGAACGAGGCCCAAGAUCGAGAAGGCGGGCAUGAACGGAGUGGACCGACAGGUUUUAGUGUCUGAGGGCAUCGAAUGGCCCAACGGCAUCACGCUGGACGUGGUGGGGAAGCGACUGUACUGGGUGGACUCAAAGCUCCGUCUGAUCUCCAGCGUGGACUUUAACGGAGCUCAGCGCAGAGUGAUCCUGUCCUCUAGUGAAAGACUCGGCCAUCCGUAUGCUCUCGCUGUGUUUGAGGAUCGUGUGUACUGGACAGACCGUGAGAAGGAGGCGGUGUACAGUGCCAACAGACUCACUGGGCAGGAUGUGACCAGCCUCGCCGAACGCCUCAAAGAUCCACAUGAUAUAGUGGUGUUCCACCAGCUGAGUCAGCCCCAAGCCGCAGACAGCUGUGACCUGGCUGGUAUGAGUAACGGUGGUUGUGCGUUCCUGUGCCUGCGUGCUCCUCAGAUCAGCGCUCACUCACCCAAGUACACAUGCGCCUGUCCCGACGGCGAGGAGCUGAGCCCGGACACGCGACUGUGUAUCCCCAUCCAGAACAUCACAGUCACACCGACGUUCCCCAGCUUUCCUCCAAACAGCAGCACUGUGGAGUCAGAGGCAGUGACGGAGGCAGGAGUGGACGUGGUGAUCCAGGAGGUCUCGGUCAGUUCAGAGGUCGUGACCUUUCAGGAGAACAUCGCUCCAUCAGAGCCAACACUGAACAUCACAGCAGCUUCCACACAGAUCCCCACUGUACUGCUGACCACAGCUACAGGAGAGACCAACAACCUGUCCCAUCACUCUGGAAAUGAGUUGUUUCUCCUGGGACACAGUGUGCCUGUGGCUGUACUUGGAGUUGGAAUUCCCAUUGUGGCGUUCGUGCUGCUUCUCUCCACUUCCUGUCUGAUUUAUCGUAACUGGAGACUCAGGAGCACCAAGAGCAUGAACUUUGACAACCCCGUGUACCGUAAGAGCACCGGCGAAACCGAGGAGGACGAGAUCCACAUCGGGAGGAGCGAGGGGCUCGCCACACACCACCACCCUUACCCAGUGCCUGUAGUCGGCACGGCAACGUGUCCGCCGUUCAUCGCUCUUCCUCUGGGCGGCGCCGUUACGGAUCCGGUCCCUCACUGGUACACGGAGCCGCCCACCAUCACCAGCACCACCAAGUGAGAGUGAGUGACUCGGUGUGAGAGUCAGGGUUUCCAUGGGAACAGUGUAUAAAGCGCGUCACGAGACGCCGAGCCGAGACACAAGUUUGUACACCCGCUAGAUGUUACGUAGCAGGGGUGUGUAUCUCUCGAAUGAUCCGGUGUGUGAGUGAUGAAUUUUAAGGAAAGUGGUCAUGUAAAGAUACGACUAGAGACGCAGUGCUGUAGAGACACAGUAGCCCCGCCCCCUUUUCUCAGGAGAGAGAGAGAGAUAAAUAAUCAUAAAUUAGCUGAGCACAGAGGCGACCGUAUCGAUUCACUCCAGACUAAAUAUCAAUACAGCAUUUUUCUUCAUGUUUAGCUCUGCAGGAACGAUGCAGAUUUACAGCCUGGUUAUUUUAUAUUUUUAAAUGAUUAAACAUGGAGGUCGAGACGGGAAUGCGCCAAACAUUACCAAACAUAAACAUUUUUUUACAAAACCUAUGCAAAAGCAGGCUCCUGCAGGAAGUAAUGUCUUUACGUAAAGCUGCUGAAAAAGGAAAGCUCACAAAGAUUUUCAUUUUAUCCCUUUAUACACAUAAAGUACACUGAUCAGCUAUAACACUCUGACCACUGACCACUGACCGCUGACGUGAAUAAGACUGAGUAUCUCCUCAUCAUGGCACCUGUUAGUGGGGGGGAUAUAUUAGGCAGCAAGUCAACAUUUUGUCCUCAAAGUUGAUGUUAGAAGCAGGAAAAAUGGACAAGUGUAAGGAUUUGAGCGAGUUUGACCAAAAGGGCCAAAUUGACCACUGGAUCAGAGCAUCUCCAAAACUGCAGCUCUUGUGGGGUGUUCCCGGUCUGCAGUGGUCAGUAUCUAUCAAAAGUGGUCCAAGGAAGGAACAGUGGUGAACCGGAGACAGGGUCAUGGAUGGUCAAGGCUCAUUGAUGCACGUGGGGAGAGAAGGCUGGCCCGUGUGAUCCGAUCCAACAGACGAGCUACUGUUGAUCAAACUGCUGAAGAAGUUAAUGCUGGUUCUGAUAGAAAGGGGUCAGAAUACACAGUGCAGGACGGGUCAGGGCACCAACACAAUAUUAGACAGGUGGUCAUAAUGUUAUGGCUGAUCAGUGUAAUCAGGUUUUGUUUUUGUCAGCCAUCUUUACUAAAUUUUGAUGAGGCUUGUACACGCUUCUAUCGUGACGUCCUCCACUUUUUUCGCUUUACUUAAUGGAACAGGGGAUUUGUAGAAACCCUGACCAUAAAGACAAUUAGUUCAGCUUGAGGUCAUAUUUUGGAUGUUGCAUCCAAGUCAAACUGAAAUCUCUCUCUCUCUCUCUCAAUUUUCUACCAGUCUUGUUUCUUCCAGACUGCAGUAAAGGAGGCAGAAUUAGCACUGCAUCAACUGCUACAUUAGCAUUGUAAUAAAAUUCAGCUCAGAAGUUGUUUGUUAGUCAGUGGAACACUCCGCGUGUUGUGUUGGUGAAACCUGUUCACAGGAAACAGGAAGUACACAGAAGGUUCUUUACCUCAUGUGUGGACUGAAGUGUGCAGUAUUGUCUCAGGGAGUUGGUACACUGUGUGUGUGUGAGUGUGUGUGUGUUGGAUGAGGAUUACUGGAAGAUGUCUCAUUAUAGAUGUGUGUAUAUAUAUAUAAAAAUACCACCUGCAGUUUGUUUUGUUGUUCAGUUUGCGCCUCGUUUCAACCAAAUCUGCAGCAGAUCAGAAUUCGGGCUCCUGUACUGAU